AUGGAGACAUUCCAUCACUCACAAAUUGAAAAAGAUGAUGAAUUGGCCCUUCAUCAAUUUGAUUCGAUCUUGAGUUUGUCCAUGGGUGAAGCCUUUGCAAGGCAUGCAGCGAGUUGUGUGGUCGAAAUUGAGAAGGUGGAGAAAUGGAGAGUUGCACUUACUGAAGCUGGGAAUUUAGCAGGGUGGGAUUUGCAAAAUGUUGCAAAUGGGUAAGUAAUCCAUGCUAGACUUAUUUUCUUGUGCACUUCAUAUCUCUAUUUGUUUUGGGGGUGAUUUGGUGCAAUCUGAGUGGAUGAAAAUAAUACAUAUCUUCUUAUACUCAACACUAAAUGACAAUAUCUUAGAAAUACAUUUUUUUUUUAAAUUUGCUUUGAACCAGUCCAAUGUUUUAGAGUUUUAAAUCAAUAAAUCUAGUUGUGGUAAUGAAAAAUUAGCAUCUAGUUCACUAUGUUUUCCAGUAGUUAUUUCUCAUUUCAACUUGUCAUAUUUUUGUUAUUUUGCUGUUUUUUGGAUUAAAAUUGCAGGCCUGAAGUAAAGUUUAUUCGAAAAAUUGUUGAGGAAGUUUUGUAUAAAGUGAGUCAUACAUAUCUAAAUUUCACCAAGCAUCCAGUUGGAAUGGAUUCUCGUGUGAAUGACAUAAAUUUGUUAUUGAAGAGUGCAUUAAAUGGUGUCCGCAUGAUUGGGAUCUAUGGCAUGGGUGGAAUAGGCAAAACGACCAUUGCGAAAGCUGUCUAUAAUCUAAUUUUUCACCAGUUUGAAAGUGCCUAUUUUCUUGCGAAUGUUAGGGAUGUUUCAAGGCAACGAAAUGGUCUUGUUCAUUUACAAGAGCAACUUCUUUCCAAAAUUCUGAAGAAGAAGAAUCUAAAGAUUGGCAGUAGUCAUAGAGGCAUUUGCUUGAUGAAAGAAAGACUUUGUUCUAAAAGAGUUCUUAUCGUCCUUGAUGAUGUGGAUCAAAUUUGCCAACUAAAUUCAUUAGCAGGGAAUCAUGAUUGGUUUGGUUCAGGAAGUAGGAUCAUUAUCACAACUAGAGACAAGCAUUUACUAAAUGAAAUUAAUGUAGAUGAUAAAUACGAGGCUAAGGAAUUGAUUUAUGAUGAGUCUCUACAACUCUUCAGUUGGCAUGCUUUUGGACAACCCAUGCCACUAGCAGAUCAUCUAGAGCUAUCGAAUGGCAUACUGAAAUACGCCGGAGGGCUUCCAUUAGCUCUUGAAGUUUUGGGUUCAUAUUUGUUUGGAAAGAAAAUGCCAGAAUGGAUACAUGCAUUUGAGAAAUUGAAACAAGUACCUCAAAAUCAAAUUCUGCAAAAACUUCGAUUAAGCUUCGAUGCACUAGAUGAUUACAAAGUAAAGGAUAUCUUCCUUGAUAUUGCAUGUUGUUUAAUCGGAAUGCAUAAAGAGUGUGCAAUUCACAUACUGGAUGGUUGUGGUUUCUUCUCAGAAAUUGGAAUUAGUGUUCUUACUAGCAGAUGUUUACUAAAAAUUAAUGAAGAAAAUCAACUGAUGAUGCAUGAUUUACUUCGAGAUAUGGGAAGAGAAAUUAUUCGCGAAGAAUCUCCUAAAGAACCUGGAAAGCGCAGCAGACUUUGGUUUCAUAAAGAUGUAUGUGAUGUGCUAGAAAAACAGAAGGGGACAGAAGCAAUUGAAGGUAUUGUCCUAGCCCUGCCGCUCUUAAAGAACAUAAAUGUGAGGACUAAAACAUUUGCAAGGAUGGAGAAAUUAAG